GAGUUGGAAGAGAAGGUGGUAAAAGAGACAGCUCGCCAAUAUUCACGAGGAGAGAUGUGGUUUGCAUAUGACUUUGAUCUGACAACACCACAGCAGCGUAAACAGAAUGCACUAGAAUCUAUGUCAAAAGGAAACAAAAGCGAACAAAAGAAGAGCAAUAACGGCAACUCUGGAAAUGCAACCACUUCUUCGCAUAGAGGACUAGAUCCGAAUGCAGAACCUUGGCCAACUUUGCCAUUGUGGAGAAGGGUGGACAGACGUUUCUGGCACAAUGAGAACCUUUCGAAAGAUUUCGUUGAGGCGGGUCUACAUGGUUUAGUUUUGCCAUUGAUGCAAGGAUACUUCCAAGUGACGCAUUUGCCCAUCGAUACUCCAUCUCCUCCGAUGCGAACACUUGAUUUGUCAGGAGACGCAAUGGAUGCAGUAAGUGAGGUAACAACACGUACACGUUUGUAUGCUCAACUUUUGGUCAUUUCGCGAAGAAGCAAAGAAAGAGCAGGAUUACGCUACCAACGUAGAGGAUUGAAUAAUCAAGGACAGGUUGCCAAUUUUGUUGAAAGUGAACAAAUCCUCUUUGUUCGACGAGGUGACGAAGAAGCACAUGUGAUGAGCUUUGUGCAAUUCAGAGGAAGUAUUCCUUUGUACUGGUCACAAGAUCCGUUCAGUAUGAAGCCUCCACCUCUGCUUGAAGGAAGUGCAGAGGAUAAUAGAAAAGCGUUUGCCAAGCAUUUCGAGUCGCAAUUGCAGAAUCAUAGCAAGGUGAUUUGUAUCAAUCUAGCCGAACAGCAUGGAAAAGAAGGUCAAAUAACAAAAGCUUAUGAUGAUGCCUGUAAGCAAUUCAGCAAUGAGAAAGUCGUCUACAAAGCCUUUGACUUUCACGAAGAAUGCAAAGGAAUGAAAUUUGAACGGGUUGGCAAAUUGAUCGAUGAAAUGCGAGAAACCGAACUAAGACAGAUGGACUGUUUUUGGAAAUGCGUCAAAGCGGAAAAAGGCGAGAAAGUGAUUUAUAGUAAACAACAAGGCGCUUUUCGAGUUUCUUGUUUGGAUUGCUUGGAUCGUACAAAUGUUGUCCAAUCUGCUUUUGCUAGGCAUAUGUUGAGUGUUCAGCUAGAACGCAUAGGUGUUCAUAUCGCAAGCGGACAAAGUGGAAGGGAUGAAGCAUUCGAUUUCGCCUUUAAUGAUUCGUGGGCAAAUAACGGUGACAUGAUCAGUCAAAUCUAUGCUGGUACACGAGCCUUGAAAGGAGACUUUACUCGAACGGGUAAACGUAAUUUCAUUGGGAUGAUGAAUGAUGCAACCAAUAGCGUUUAUCGAAUGAUGCAAGGCGCAGUGACUGACUUUUUCAAGCAAACAGUCAUUGACUUUCAGUAUGGCUUCUCAUCUUUGGCCACAUUGGAACGAUACAACGAUGACCUUGUAGCUCCAGAUCCAUCACAGUCCAACCGAUUGGCCAGAGCGCGUGCACAUGCUAUCGAAAUGACUGCAAGAGACGUUGUCCCAUCCAACGAGAAGCUUCUAGCAGGCUGGACAUUGUUCUCGCCAAUUGAAUCAAAUCGGAUCGAGACUCCUAAAUUGGAAGAAAAGGUUGUCCUCCUGACAAAUAAAGCCUUGUAUUCGUGCGGAUAUGAUUUCACAGCUGAAAAAAUUGCCGAAUUUUCUAAAAUCAAGAUGGGCGAUAUCCUAAGUAUCAAGAGAGGUGCUUAUAUACUCUCACCCAAUGAAGGAUAUCAUCCAGAGAAUCAUUGGGGUUUGAUCGUGUCCUACAUCAGCGAAGAAAGACGGAUGAACACUUCUUCUAUCCGCAACAAGCCUUCCAACGAAGCCGUCUCACCUAGCGCAGUCAAUUUUAUCGCUUUUAGAGCAGUUGUUGAUGAUGCUUCUUUGGCUACAUUACAAGGAUUAGACGGUUCGAUCAAAGCUGCACCUCAAUUUGCCGCUCAUUUACGCAAUAGUGCCGAACGUUCAAAUACCGCACUUACAUCACAUGAUGUCGUUGAUGCAAUCGUUUCCCUUUUGGUAGAUCAAUGUGCUGCUGCAGGUGCAUGUGAUUUGGAUGAUCUUUCGGAUUUCGUCAAAGAUGAAACCAUUCAAAGUUUAGCACAAGCAAAAGCCAAUGCUUCCUUGUUUGCACCUCUGAUUGAAGGUCUCAAACGUCGAGUUUGGUUGUGA